CAGCUUCGUUUCGGACAAAGAUUUUUAAUAUUUUAGAGAUGCCUUACCCCUUAAUUUUUCCUGUUGGUUGGGGACUUGGUUACCUGGUCACAACAGGAAUGAAGAAAUUGUUUGACCACUACCUGCCAGAAAAGGACUUGGACCAGGGUGCCACUCAGGACGAGACCGCUUCAUUUGGGAACGAACCUACAACGGUUCCCCAAGACCAAACUGACCCGGCUGGGUCAGUUUCUCUUGAAGAGGAGCCAGUUUUCUUCGAAGACACUGAGAUUAAUUCGACGGAGAUUUCAGAAGACAGUACAGAGGACGAGACCACUUCAUUUGGGAACGAACCUACAACGGUUCCCCAACACCAAACUGACCCGGCUGGGUCAGUUUCUCUUGAAGACGAGCCAGUUGACUCCGAAGACACUGAGAUUAAUUCGACGGAGAUUUCACAACGCAGUACAAAGGACGAGAGCACUUCCAUUGGGAAUGAACUUUCAAUGGUUCCCCAAGACCAAACUGACCCGGCUGGGUCAGUUUGGUCUGUCAACCAGAAAGUCGACUGUGAAGCCUCUACAGUGGAUUUGACUAAGACAUCGUCUCUCGACGCAACUCAGGAUGUGAGUUCAGUCUUUGGGAACAAUUUGCCCGUUGUUCCCAAAGAAAAAACUGACCCGGCUGGGAAAGUUUUUUCGGGGACUGAACUCGCAGAGAAACCUCUGAUGAUCGACGGCACAUUUUCCAGCUCCUCUGACAUGAAGAGUUCCUCGGACGAGGAAUUCAUUUCAGAGGGACGAACACUUUACAAUGAAAACAGAGUCCGAGAUCUGUCUGUGAACCCAUUGUUAAGGCGCAGGGUUACUGUAGAUCCUGAAUUAGACUGCACCCCAGAAGGGGAAGCUGGUUUGACGGACAGGAUCAGCAAUGAAACCCCACCAAAUGAUGGUUCAACGUUUCCCAAAGACAAAACUACCCCAGCCGGGGUAGUCGUCUCUCAGGACGAGAGAAAAGUCUUGGGAAACCAGUACUGCACUGUUCCUCAACAACAAACUGACCCGGAUGGGAAAGUUGUACAUGAGGAACAAAGCAGGUUGAGACAGACAGAGGGUGACAUCUGUAGAUUUGUAAACAGAUUCAAUAACAGCUGGAUGAGUGCCGGUUUUCAGAGUGUUCUCCACCUGAGCGUCACCAGACGGUGUCUGGCCCAGAGACACCUGUUCAAAGAGGCUUCGUCAAUCCCAAACUGUGCCUCUCUGAUCCACACUGCCGUCCACCGACCAGGAUAUUUGUUUUCCCCAACAGAAAUCUCCCCAGUUCUGAUGGAACUGAGGGAGAGAGAACCGUCACCAGACGUGGGGAAACAAUAUGAAAUAUCUUGUUUACUGGAGUCUGUUCUUGUCUGGCUCGACUCAUACGGUGGCAGCACUGAUCGAGAAAUGUACUGCACAAACACCUGCAGUGAUUGUGGAACAUCUUUCUUACAGAUCCUAAAUAACGGCCCUAUCGUUGUGCUGCCGACCUCGACUACACUUAACGACACUGUUUCUUUAUUUAACAACUGGAUAAAUAUGUGGCGCCCGCCUUCUUGUUCCAGUUGCAGGUCCGGCUUAGAUCGUAAAAACAUCCUGAACAACAACCAAGUGAUUGUUUUGUUUCUGCCACAGUGGGUCACUAGAAAAUACCCAGUGGUUCCCAAUCCAGUCAUGGAGGUACCAGGAGAAAGUGGAACUGAGGUGUACUGUCUGUCGUCCGUCAUCUGUAGAGAUGCUGAAUCAGCUAAUUUCUACACCUAUUUGAUUCAGGGACGACAGACAGUAAAGGUGGUGGAUGAGUAUGUCCUCACUGCUGGUAAAUCCUGCAGUGAGGACAUGAAUGAAAGGGGAUUUAUUUAUGUCUAUGAGAAGCGAGGGAAUGUAGAAGAACCCCACAGUGACCACCUAAACACACCUAGUGUGACAUUUUCUCCUGGCCCUCCUCUCCAGAAUGAUGAAGAAAGUUCUGGAGAGGAGCCAGAACCUCCAAGUCUGGAAGAACAGAAUAACGCAGAGGACGAAACAAGCGGCCAUUUUGAGGAAGAAGAAAGUGAAUGACUCUGACACAAAGACAAUUAGCAACACAGCAAGGUGUUUGGAGAAGCGACAAGGAAAUCGGGAGCAUCAGAAAUGAAGAGGAGGUGGAAAGGACAAAUCAAGAAGGGACACAGGGAUUAAAUAUCUAACAUUCUGAGAUCUGAAAGGAGAGACAACAGAAAGAAAACCAGAAGAAGUAACUCAAGCUUGUUUGACGCUACUCUGCCAUUCCUUUA